CAAGAAACCCUUUUCUCAUUCCCUUUCCCACCGUUCAUACUCUCUCCUAGCACAACAACCACAACCACAACCACAACCAGGGAGAGAGAGACUUCCGGAAACCCCCUCAUCGAUCCUCUCUCUCCUCCAACAAUGUCGACGAAGACGGCCACCACCACUCUCCUCUUCUCCAUCCUCUGCAUCGGCGUCUUCUCCGUUGCAGACUCCGCUCACUCCCACUCUCACGCCGCCGCUCCGGCGCCGGCCGUCGACUGCUCGACCCUGGUCCUCAAGAUGGCCGACUGCCUCUCCUACGUCACCAACGGCAGCACCGUCAAGAAGCCGGAGGGAACUUGCUGCUCCGGCCUCAAAACGGUGCUCAAAUCUAACGCCGAGUGUCUCUGUGAGGCAUUCAAGAACAGUGCUCAGUUCGGUAUCACUUUGAACAUUACCAAGGCCUUGGCUCUCCCCACUGCUUGCCAUCUCUCUGCUCCUUCUGUCAGUAACUGUCGAUCGAGUCUUGUCGCCGGUGCUGCUCCUGCUAUUUCUCCAGCUCUGAGCCCAUCUGCAGGCACAAAUGAGCUUGCUCCGGCACCGGUUGCAGGGGUCUCUGGUUCUGCUGCACUUGCCGUUUCGAUUGGAUCCCUUAUUGUGGCUCUAGUGGCUGCAUCAUUUUCUUUUAUUUAACUAUUACAGGUUGUUGAGAAGAGAUGAGAGAGGACAAGAGGGACUUUUGUGAUGUUUUUGUCUGUUGGACUUGUUAUUGCCGUACUCCGUAAUAGUAUUAUUAGGGUUUUUUUUUUGAUGUGAGAGAGAGUAGAUAAGUAUUAUUAUUCAUUCUGUUGAGUUGCUUUUACUAACCAUGUAUGACACUUGGAUGAUAUGCCUAUGUUGCUAUAUUUCUUGUAUUAGUUCUUAUAUGUUGUCUCA